UUUCGAUUUCACUUAUUUCAUUUACCAGAACCGACCUUGGUAACACCGACCACACAAACGACGCCAGCCCCAGCCGACCAACUUUUAGUCCAGACUGAGGCAUUUCCUCUCCAAACCCCUACUCCACUUCGCAAUUUGCCAAUGAGCAGUCAGGCGGAGGACCCGACAAGGAGGCAAACUCUUCCUCCUGCACCGAGGAGCGGUCGGGCCAGGCACCCGACCAGGAGGCAAUCCUUACCAGAACUGCCUAUAGAACCAACACCUUCACCAAUCGCAUCAGCAGCAGGGGUCUCUUCAGACAGCGAGGGGACUACUUCCCAGAUGGGUCGACCGCCAUACAUGGCAUCAGACUCAUCCAUUUCGAAGGAAGAACCAGCUGCCCUUGCCGAAGCUGACCCUCAAGACGACAUCCCUGCUGCUGCUGAUCCCGAAAUAAUCCAAUCGGAUGCAGCCGCGCUGGAAACCGAAAGUGCCACAGCUGCGGCUAUCCCAAUUGCUCUUGAGAUACCUGCUGCAGUGGCCAUAGACGCAGCUGCCCAACCUGCAGCCGCUCAGCCAGCAGCGGUGCUACCUCCAGCAAUCGAGUGGCAGGCAGAAGAACCACCUGUGGCAGCCCAACCUCCAGAAAUAGAAGAAGUGUCUUCGUCCGAUUCGGAGACUUCUGUGAAUUUGGUAAGAUUAAACCAAUUCAUGCCACAAUGUUUCUUUCGGAAAACACUAACUGUUUUCUAUACUACUUUUCAUAGGGACCCAGGUCGGCACCUCAGUGACCAUUCGCAGCAGCCGACGAGUCGGCUGCUGUUAUACCAGCUGUCCGCCCUACUCGACCGACCUCAUUGUUGCCCCCUUCACUGACAGCAGUUCGCCCAGAGGUGACACAUAUCUUAUCUGAAUAAUUUUGCACCUCCCUUGGAAUACUUAUUGAAACUGUAAGACUUGCAGGGGCCUUCGGACUUAGCUAUCCUAUUGACUGUUCCGGUUCCAGCGGAGGCCCAAACUAUAUUCACUGAGGCCAUUAACCAUCCCCUUUCAGAAUUAAGAUCCGACUUAUUGGACAAACUCAUUCAGACGGUUGGUGGCCUUCUUUUUUACACUCCGACGGAAUCGCCAGCCGUCCCCAUUCUGCAUCGGCUAAUGGAAAGACUUACGGAGCUCAAGACUGAAGUGUUAGUUAUUGGACUCCUGUCAGCCGAAACCCCCCAGCCUGUCUUCGAUCAAACAACACUGGAGAAUUCUUUGGCUAAAACCCGAGAAUCCCUUCAGCAAACUACUGGAAGGCUGGGCGGUCUCCUUAGCACGAAGGCUCAAGUUGAUGAAUCCAUUCACAAAAAGGAGGCAGAAUUGCGGGAGCUAAGGAAAGAACAGUCUAUCCUGGAUAAUCAAAUUACCAAUGAGCAGCGUCUGCUUGAGAAGUCUACAAAGAACGAGGCCGAAUUGGAUCAAGAGCUGAAAACCCAAGCUCGAUCCCAAUUCAUCAGGAGAUAUCAGACGGCUGCUAAUACUAGAAGGCUAUCCAGGGAUGAAGUCAAAUGGACACAUAUAAAAACUGCCCUAGGGGCACUUUUGUAACACUUCCUCCUCUGUAACAAUAUUUGACUUAGUAAUACAUUUUUCU